AUGGACCCCCUCGAAGAUGGAUUUCUGGAUCGCUAUCAGCGUGACGAACAAGGUGAAUUGUCCAAUCCAAAAAAAUUAUCCAUUUCAGACCCAGUUCUUCUGGUGGGACGAGUAUCUAUCCAAUCACAGAUUUUUAAACUACCUCGUAUACCUAGCUCAACAUUUAUUCGGAAGUUCAUGCCCGGAUCUACCUUAUUAGCUCUCACAUCAUCGACUGUUUCUCAGACAAUUCAUUUAGGAGGUCUACCCAAGGAAAUAUUUGGUAUCAUACUAGGACAUUUACCCCCAUCGUCAGCUACGUCGCUAGCACUCACCUGUAAAGGAUUUCUCGCGGCGGUAGGAAAUGACCCUUUCAAGGCAUUGUCGACGGACCGUUAUGAAACAUAUGUUCUCCUAUGGCUCAUUGCAAAAGACCUGCCCCAUCAAAGUGUCUGUCAUUCUUGCAAUAAACUCCAUAACAAGGACAUUGCAUUGAAACUUUAUCGAGAUGGAAGAAACGUAUGUGGAGAAUCUCAAAAGAGGCCCAAAGCUCUGAAGUGCCGAUUAGACACUCGUUUUGACUGGCACUACAAGGGGUUGUUAGAUGAAGAUUUCAGUCCAAGGAUUUUCAACAUGGCUAUGAAGCAUUCGCUCCACAACCCAGAUUGUGAGAAAUUUUUGGUUGCACUUUCUGGAGAGCGUAUAGCUAAGGGUUAUUGGCAGGGGUGGAUCAAAGAAUCCCAAACAGAUUGUCGGAUUCUCCGGGGAUCCUUCAUUCAUCGUACUCAGAUGGUUUGGAUCAAACCCACGGUUAGUCGAAUGCCAUUCGGUUUGGCUAUGGAACAAUGUGCUCACACUGUGGUAUGCUAUGUGAACGGGAUGGUUUGUACAAGGUCCUACGGUCUCUCGCGUAACGAAGAUGAUGCAGAUCCACAGAGUCUUCGGUUCGAUUUGGACUCUCCAGAGAUGACUUUGAACUUAUCGAAGUGCCGUCGUUGCUCUACACAAUGCCAAUUGACCUUGAAACCCCUGGCCAUGAAAGGACCGGGAAUGGCAAUUUACAUUACUAGAUGGGUUGAUCUGGGAUCCGGUACAUUAGACGAGAAAUGGCAAAGAUACUUUCAACGAGGUAGAUUUGAAUUCGGAUAUCAGCAGCAACCAGAUUCGUUAUUCUUGUCUUCGGCAUUCGAAAAUGACGGUGGAUUUCGAAGCAAGAUAGAGGAUCAACGCUAUCCAUCAUUCUUCCAUUCUCCAGUGACUGAGAACUGA